UUUGCCAUGCCGGAUUAUAUUUCAAUAUAUUAUGUACACAUCUCUAACACAUAUAUUCUUGUAGGCGCGAAAUAUCGGCAACAAAAAUUCAAACUUUUCUGUUUUUAUAAAAUCAAAUAUUUUACGUUCUGCGCGUAUAUAUUUCUAGCUUUUUAUAUUUAAUUUGGACAUCAAAUUUUCGCCAAUGUAACCAUGGCGCAACCACCGCCACUCAGCUUCCCAGCUGCUCAUAUUUAUAUCUCGUUUAAUUGAGGGCGUUAACUAAAUAUGGAUACAUUAAAUAAAAAGGAUUACCUCAAAUUGCAGUGCGGACGUGGUAGAAUUUACAUACAUUUCAGGACUCCAUGUCGAAUAUACCCAGCCUGUUUCUAAUCAGUUAUUUCAUUUAUUUGCAGAUUCGUCGAAGUCGGUUUGAAAUCUAUAAAGACCAAUGUACAUUUGUGUAACUAUAACUCAUUGCAUAUCUCAAAAGAUCACUAUAUCAUAUAUAGCGGCCAUGGUAACGAAAUGGUCUUGCCUUUUUUUGUGGAAAUGUUUUUAUCAAAAGAAAACAGUUUACAAUUCCAGCUUCCAAUUCCAGCUCAAUUUAAUUUUUCGUAUCUCCACAUACAUACAUACAUACAUGUGUAAUUCCUGUUGACCCUGCAUAUAAUAUAGUAGCACUUUCUAUUCGACGUUGUUCCUUUAUGUUCAUUUCAUUCUGUGUGUUAUUUCUGUAGAAACUGCAAUUAAAGUACUACUCCCGAUUUCGUAUUACACCUUCCAGCUAUUAUUAACCAGACUAACCCUGCAAUGAGGAUUCACGCCCCCUUAUCGAAGCAAAGUGUCAAUGAACGCUUCAAUCGGCUCAAUGAAAAACCAGAAAUGCCGAUGAGAGCUGUUCCAAGCUCUGCCCGUGACGCAGACGCAAUACCGACUGCACGCCGUCUGCCAGAUUCCCCCAAAGCCCCAAAUAAACACAAAACAACAACAAAACAGCCGAACGACAAUUUCGCUUUCAUCGAUGGACUGGACUUGUUGCUGUUGUUGUUUCAGGUUGUCAAUCUGCUGCCCCUGGCGCUGGCGCUGGCACUGCCGCUGAUGCUGCUGCUGCCGAUGCCGAUGCCGAGCUUGCUACCUGUUCACGUGUUUCCAGCGCUCACGGAGUUUAUAAAGGUUGGAGCCGCAGCGAAGGGCGCCACAGUUUCGCGGACAGACGCCAACCGGCGCGAGCCAACUUAAAAAAAAAAAAACGGAAAUUUGAAAUACGUGCAGGAGUUUUGUUUUGGUUUCUAUUCCGACAAGUGGAGAUCUGCAGAUAAAACCGAACAAAAAAAGUCGAAUAAAAGCAAUAAUUCAAGGAUAAUUCUGUAUUGAUUGGAUAUUUGUUUUCUUCAACUCGGAAACUCCCGCUCGUUAGCGGACGAUCGGCAUGGGGAGAGAUUGGAAAGCGGCCGUCAUCAUAGUUUGGAUCUUUGGAGCACUCGCGGCUGAUGCUGCCGUAAACGAGUCCACACAAAGUCAUUACCGCUAUAGUUAUGGAAAACUCAAUGCCACCCAAGCCCCUUCCCCUCAUCCGACUCUGCCUCUGCCCCGAAGAAGCUCCCAGUUAGAUAGAGAUCACGAGACGCAUCUGAUUCGCAGCUCUAUCAUCUUUGGCCUGGCCAAAGCCGCCAACGAGAGCAAUGUGAAUGGAGUGUGCCACACCCAGCUGCAGCAAGUACAGCGGGGCAUCCUCAGCCAACAGCCGUGGGCCAUGAAAGUGCUCGACGCCUCCGGGACCAAGCCGUCGGGCUUCGUGUUUGGCCAGAAUUACUGGCUAGGAAGCCGGGCAGCCUGCGAAGGGGUUCAGCGUCCGGUGGGUAUCACGCUGUCGAGAAACUACGAGCGGGUGAUGCACUACAGCAUUCUGACCCAGAGCGCCCCCUUCGACAUGGACUACCGGAUGAUCUACCUGCGGCACAGCUCGCCCUGGCAGGUGGAGAUCAAGCUGAUGUCGGAACAGAUCCUUCACAUCGGGCUCUGCCUGCCAAAGGCGUGCGAAUCGGAGGAGGUGAAGCAGCUGGCCAGGGAAUACGUGACGGAUGGUAGCUUCAUCAAGAACGACAUUUUCGACAUGCGACCAGAAGUACUAUAUAUGAAGGAUCUGAAGCUGAGCGAAAGGUUCUUCCAGCGAACGUCCUUCAAGCUGAUGGUGGCCUCGCUUCUGGUCACUGGAGCUCUGACGCUUUGUGCCCAGCAGCUGCGCGAAGCCAAGCGUGGGGAUGAGCCCAGUCCCGGACUGGCGCCAGUAGAGUCAGAGCUGUGGCAGACUCUGGACACAGUGUUGAAGUGGCAGCCCCUGCAGAGUUUCGUAUCGUGCUACGAUGUGCCCACUAACUGGAGGAAGAUCUUUGCCACCAGGGAGAACAGCUCCGGCGAGAUUCCCAUCAUGAAUGGACUGAGGUCGGUGUGCGCCAUCGGGAUACUGAUCUUCCACGUGGUUUGGUACAUGUACUUCACCGUCCACAACAAGGUGGUGCUCCUAUCGUACGCUGAGAAGCCCUUCUUCCAGUACGUCUCCUCGGCCCCCCUCCUGGUGGAUGUUUUUUUCACCAUCAGUGGCUUCCUGCAGACCUACAAUUUCAUGCGGAAUGCCAAGCAAAUGGAGUCAGUGCGUCGCAACGGCCUAUGGGGCAAUGCCAAGCUCUUUGGCAAACUGCUGUUCCACCGAUACCUGAGGCUGGGCCCCCUCUACCUCAUUCUCAUGGGCAGCGUUGACCUGGCCUUUGCCUACAUCGGAGACGUCUCCCUCUACCACAUCAACGAGCGGUACGAUGAGCUCUGCACGCAGCACUGGUGGAGGAACCUGCUCUUCAUCCAGAACCUCUUCGAUCACCGCGAUCUCUGCGUCAACUGGAGCUGGAGCUUGGCCUGCGACAUGCAGUUUUUCCUAGUGGCGAAUGUCAUUCUCUUUGUCUAUGCCAGACAUCCGAAAGUUGCCAAGCUGUUGACGAUCACUGGACUCCUGGCCACCAUCACCUGGUCCUAUGGCAUUUGCAUGAGCUACAAGUUAGAGUUCUCAUUCGACGCCACCUACGCCACCGGUACCCAGAUCUAUACGAGUCCCUUUGUGCGCGUCCUGCCGUACAUUAUUGGGGCCAUCGCAGCCUGGUGUCUGCUGGAGCGGCGCCUGCAGGUGGAGCUGAGUGAGCAGCAGACGCGCUGGCUCUGGCACUUCGCCUUAAGUGUAUUCAUAUCUAGCAUUUACGCGACUGUCCGGCGGGAUGUGGGACGUCUGCUGACCACCACGCUGUUCGUGCUGGGACGAGGGAUCUUCUCCCUGUCGGUGUGCUGGAUGAUUCUGGGCAGUGCGACGGCCACUGGGGUGUGGUGGUCGCGCAUGCUUGAGGCCAAGUGCUUCCAGCACCUGAAUCGACUCUCGUAUGCCAUUUACCUGAUGAAUCCACUAGUGAUAAGCCUCUUCUAUAGUUUGACCAGUUCCAGCACAGACGCGGACCCCUUCAUGCUGUCCGUGGUCUCCUGCGGCUUCACUCUGAUUGUGUACCUGGUCUCCAUCGUUUUCUCCCUGGCGUUUGAGGUGCCCUACAGCAAUCUGUCGAGCUUGUUGCUGAGGUCCAGCAGCAAGCCAAAAAGCGCAUAAACUGUGAUUAUCUGUUAUUCUUCUAAGUCAUUAAUUAAUAAGAAAUCCUAGUUCAUACGCAAA